CAUCUAUUAAGCUGGUCGUGCAAGGGGGCGGGAGUGCAGAUAUAAAUGCCGCCUGUAAAGCAUGAACUUCCAGCACUGAAAAACGGCCUCCUCAAGAACGAAGUUCAGCUGCAGCCGUGGACCAUGAGACGUUCACUAGCUGUAUUUUACCUCAUUUGCUGCACUGUGUUCUCUGCUUCGUCGCACAAACUGGACAGGAUUGAUGAACCUGCUAUCGAGAACCAACCGAGACAUGUUGCUGUGGAAACGAAUGAUUCGGACGACUUGCCACACGUCAUCUCACGAAAACAGCAGGAAACCGCGCAACUUCAUGACGAGGGCGACGAAUACUUCAUUGGCGAUAUCUUCAAUGCCAUAAAAAAAAUGGGCGAUGGAAUGAACAAAGUUGUCAAGCACGCUGGUGGAAAUUUGGUGGACUCCUUAGAGAAGUUCAACAAGGCGUUGAAGGAACAUAUGGCAUCUAUAGUAUCCCAAAAUAAAAGCUCUUCCCUAAAGUGAUCGAAAAUUUUAAGCUCCCGGAUUUCAUGGCCUCUUUCAGCGUCCUGUGCAAUGUUACUUUCUUUUAAUAAUAAAGCCUUACAAAUCUCAUCAGAUA